CUGUGAUCGGCACGGCUGCUGCCAGACACUAUCAGGACCGAACAGACGAGUGCCAAGCCCACUGACACACACUAACGCACAAACACAUGAAAAGGGUCGAGCUGGGUCUUCAGGCGGAGCAGUUGCUGUGGACAUGAAGUGAAAGUUGGCAGUUUCUUACACUUUGUACUCUAAGGAUGUCGGUGAAGCUGCGGUUCGACUCUCCGUCAGAGGGAGGUUUGCUACAAAGAAGCCGCUCCUUCACUGGAGGGUUCAGCUCUUUGACCGGUCGACAGCGCUCUCUUCGCACCAGAGUCACAUCAAAAGGAAAAACUCCCAAGAUGCAGCUCUACUCCGCCAGAGGGCCAGGAGCCAUCUGGUCUCUGCAGCCGGAAAAGGUGGACGGAGUCUUUAAGGCACUUCGCGAAGGACUCAAGGAGUAUCUGGAGGUCCAUCAGGCGGAGAUGGAGCUGCUGUCCUCACAGCAGAGAGAGACAAAGAGGAACUCCAGGCUGGCUUUUCUCUAUGACUUGGAAAAGGAAAUCCGAGCAUUGGAGAGAUACAUACGGCGGUUAGAGUUUCACAUCAGCAAGGUGGAGGAGUUGUACGAGACCUAUUGCAUCCAGUGGAGGUUGUGUCAGGGAGCACACAACAUGAAGAGAGCCUUCUCAUUGUCCCCGUCCACCAGGGCCUCCAGGGAAAGCCUGCUGGAGCUAAGCCGCAACCAUAGAACCAGCCUGCAGGACAUGUCAGCCAUAGAGGCAGAGUUGGAAAUCCUCCUUGGGGAGCUGCACAUCAAAAUGAAGGGUCUGAUUGGAUUCGCCCGCCUCUGUCCUGGAGACCAAUAUGAGGUGGUGGUGCGUCUUGGCCGGCAAAGAUGGAGGAUCCGGGGGAGGAUUGUGUCAGACGACUCUCAGUCCUGGGACGAAGAGGAGAUUGUCUUCCUCCCACAUAUACAUCACAAUUUUGAGAUCAAGGUGGCAGAGGCAAAGGGUUUAGGUUGGCUGCUGGUUGGAACGGUGACGUGCACGAGCGCAGACUUCUUCGUGGCAAAGCCACAGCUGAUGUUGGUGGACAUCACAGAACUGGGAACCAUUAAACUGCAACUGGAGGUCACCUGGAGUCCAUUCGACAGUACUGAGCGGUUCAGGCCUCAGUCCAUCAGCAGGACAUCAGUUUCCAGCAGGAAGAGCUCGAUUUACAGCUGGACGGCCCCGAGCACUCCUUCCUUCACAGAGAAAUAUUUCAUGUCGAUGGUCCGAGAGCUGCAGGACGAGGAGGGCUCCCUCCCAUCUCUGCUGCCCAAGGGUCAUCACAGCAGGGGAGGUGUGUCUCUGCUCAGUUACUUGUCCAACCCCCCACAUGGCCCUCAAACCCCCCGCAAACUAAGCCUCUCAUCCAGCAACACUGAACCCACCGGUCUGGCAGGCAGUAGCCCUCACCUGCUCCUGGGAGAUGGAACGGAGCUGAAGAUGACCGAGGGGGUGGGCAGUAAGGAGGGGGAGGAGCAUCAAACCACCUCACCUGUUACUUCACAGAGCGGCAACACUCCAGACCUCCUGAGGAAAGGUGGAGGAGGAGGGGGAGCCGACCCCGAGAGGACGACACUGCAUCAGGAAACCCAGCAGGAGUCCUUAGCUUGUCAGGUCUACUCUUUGCCAUGCACCCACCCUUCAGCUUCAGCGGCAUCAGGGACCCCAGGCAGGCUGGCUGUGGGCAGGGUCCAGCGCAGGGCUCAGGCUCUGAGGCUGGGAGUCCUGAUAAGAGAGCUGGAGAAGAGCAUGCAGAGCCAAAGCUGCUCUGAUAAGGAGCUGAAAGCACUGGACCACCAGAUACUGCACCUGGCAACCAUCCUGAAGAACGACCUCUCUCUGCUCAGAAGCUCUUCAUCAGAAGAGACUCUAGCUGUGGAGGAGGUUCUGGGAAACUUUGACUUUCUGUCCGACGAUUUCAAUGAAGAUGGCAGCACCUCCUGUGUGGGCAGUCUGAGGCUAAAAGACAGCGGCUUCGGCUCCUCCCAGCAUACACCUUUGAGGAGUCUGGGCCUCCUUUCUCAGGACAGCUCAUUUGCCUCGGACGAAGAGCCGGCUGUGGCUCCUCUGACAUGUGGGGACUGGGGUCUGGAUCAGGCUCUGGAGACACACCUAGAUAUCUGCUGCAUCCUCCUGCAGAUGAUGGAAACAACCGACUUCAGCCUGUCUCGCAGAGAGCUGCUGGAGGAGAUGGCCCACCAAGCGGAGGUCCUGGAUCGAGUCAGCCGUCUGCUGCUGGAGAAGAGCGGAAACAUCACUACAGGGGACAUCCUUCCUGAGGCUCAGAGACGGAGGGAUGUGCUGCUGUUCUGGGAGGACUGUGUGAGUGACAGCAGCUCUCAGUUCUGCUGCCCGGCGGACAACUUCUCCAGGACUUUGAAGAAACGGUACUCGCACAAGGUGAAGGCCAGGCAGCCCGGCCAAUCAGAGAGAGUGUUCUCGCAGCUCCUGCAGCAGGUCCAGGCGCCCUGCCGGGUGGUGGCCGGCUGUCGGCCUGUCUGCAGCCCAGACAGAGUCAGCCUCUUCCAGCUGGGGGUGUAUCUGCGGCGCUGGUCAGUCCAGGACCUGGGGGAGCACAUCUCCCGCCUCUCCAGAGAAGAAUACUUCUUGUCUGCACUCCUUGGCCCCAAAAGAAGGCGCGCUUUGACUAAACUGCAACGGCGGAGCAUUGCAGAGCUCCUCCCACUGGGAUCCACCCUACAGACUCUUGCUGCCUUGCAGAUCGACGCCAAUCCCAAAGUUUGCAAAGCUGCCAGCAGCUACAUCUGCAGAGCUGCAACAUGCAAGAGCUUCAGGAGCAAAGCUGUGUUCUUCUACACGGAGAACCUGAAGAGCUCUGAUGUUCACAUCCAACAGGCUUCCUGUCUGGCACUGAAGUGCCUUCAGGCAACAGAGAGCGUGGACUACAUAGCAGAUUUAUGGAGGUCGGCCAGUGAAGAUCUUCGAUGUGCAGCCAGAGAAACCGUCGUCUCCUUUGGUAAAAAGGGCCACAAGGUCUUUGAGAAGAUGGACCAGCUGUUUGUUGAGAUGGAAGAGGAGGCUUUCCAGAACCAGGAGACUGAGGUCACUAUUCUAUAGGAAACGUGUAGAGAUUCUUCAGGAAUCCCAUGAUGGUACCACCACCGAGCACUGAUGAAUCUUCACACUCGGAUGAUGAUGUUACAAAGUGAGCUGAGAAUCUAUUGGAUUUUGAUUAUGCUGUUCAGUUUCAGCAAAUGUUUGAAGGACGAUUUCUUGACCAGCUGUGGAAUUAUUUUGUACAACUUUUGGUUUUGCUAAAUAAAGAAAUGACGAAUAUAUUGUGAAAAAACAAA